AUGAAAGCAUCGAAACUGUUUCAGAAAGUCAGAGGUGCUCUUCGAGACAUCCCACGGGCCCAUAUGCACAAAUACGGCCACAGGAAACAGAUCAAGAAUGGACAAAGUGGCCUUAAAGACUUCUUGCAAUAUGCCACUAUCAUGAAAAAUAUGCCAUUCAUGCUGGGAUCUGGGUCGAAGACUGAGAGACAAUGGCUCAGAGAUUUGGUGGAUUUUUCAUGA